UUGGGCCGGGUUUGGAUAUACCAAGCAAGACCAUAAAUUCAAGAUCGUGUCUAGCUACGUGUAAUACAAAAGUUCUUCUGACCAAAAGGAUCAUCAAACAAAGAUCCUCCGAAACAAUGGAGAAACCAAAGUUGAAGACAGUCCAAGAGGUGGUCGCAGCUGGCGAAAAACUACCGGAAAGAUACCUCUACACACCCACCGGCGACGGCGAAGGUGAUCAACCUUUCAAUGGUUUGUUGCCAGAGAUGAAAAUUUCGAUCAUCGAUCUUAAUCUCCUUUUCUCUUCUUCUGACGACGGUCGAGAAGAGUUGAGUAAACUUCACUCGGCGAUCUCUACAUGGGGCGUUGUUCAGGUGAUGAAUCAUGGAAUUUCAGAAGCCUUGCUCGACAAGAUUCACGAGCUAACGAAGCAGUUCUUUGUACUUCCGACCAAAGAGAAACAGAAGUACGCAAGAGAGAUAAGUAGUUUUCAAGGAUUUGGAAACGACAUGAUUCUGUCUGAUGAUCAAGUUCUCGAUUGGGUCGACCGCUUGUACCUCAUUACGUACCCUGAAGAUCAACGACAGCUUAAAUUCUGGCCUGAAAAUCCAAGCGGAUUUAGGGAAACUUUACAUGAAUACACAAUGAAGCAACAGUUAGUGGUUGAGAAAUUCUUCAAGGCAUUAGCUAGAUCGUUGGAGUUGGAAGAUAAUUGCUUUCUAGAGAUGCAUGGUGAAAAUGCUACGUUGGAGACAAGAUUCAACAUCUACCCUCCAUGUCCGAGGCCGGACAAGGUUCUUGGGCUAAAACCGCAUUCUGAUGGCUCAGCCUUUACUCUUAUCCUACCCGACAAAAAUGUAGAAGGACUUCAGUUCCUCAAAGAUGGGAAGUGGUAUAAAGCUUCAAUUCUCCCUCAUACAAUUCUGAUCAAUGUAGGAGAUACUAUGGAGGUAAUGAGCAAUGGAAUAUACAAGAGUCCGGUUCAUAGAGUGGUGCUUAACGGAAAAAAGGAAAGGAUAUAUGUGGCAACAUUUUGUAAUGCUGAUGAAGACAAAGAGAUUCAACCUUUAAAUGGGCUUGUGUCUGAGGCUAGACCAAGGUUGUACAAAGCAGUUAAGAAGUCUGAGAAAAACUUCUUCGAUUACUAUCAACAAGGUCGAAGACCGAUCGAAGCUGCAAUGAUCUGAAGUUAAAAACAUUGAUCAGUCUGCUUUUGAUAUUCAAAAUACACAUGUCUCUUUAGUUACUUGAUCCUUGAAAUAAG